AUGUUGUGCCGCGCCGUGUCGUGGGCAGGGCGGCCGGUUCUCUUGUCUCGAUGUGCGUGGAACGCGAGUGUGCGCUUCGAGAGCUCGACGGCGGCCCCCACCAGCGCAGCUGCAUUGGCCAUCAUCGAGGCCAAACUGCAACGCGCCGAGCACGCCGCAGACUGGAAGCAGGCCCUUGGGACGUUUCAGCACUUUGCGACAACACACCCAACGUGGGUUGAGCCCAAGCAUGCAAACUUUGUCCUGCGAGCUUGUGCAGCACAGGGGCGUCACCGCGAGGCGAAGAAGGUGCUCCACAUUCUCCAGUCCCUGGGCCACAUGAAAGAAACCGACGAGAGUCCAGUCGCCGCCGCAUCGCCGACAUCUACCGACCCCUCGUCCACGGUGUUCGUUGAGUCCCAGGCGUUGAUAUGCCUUGCCCUGGCAGAAAACGGCAAAGGCGAUGAUGCCCUCGCGAAAGCGUAUGCGCUGGUGUCAUCGCUCGCGCCGACUCCGCUGGACGACCGUGUCCAGAAAACGCUAUCGACAACGCUUUACCGGCCACUUCUCAAAGCGUUCAAGCAACAGAACGACUGGAAACACACGUUGACUGUGCUUCAACACAUGCAGGAGUUUCACGUCCCGAUCCCGCUCCGAGGGUACCGCCUCCUCCUGCUGACCUUGGCCAGCGGCCGCCAACCCAAGAUGCUCGUGGACGUGGCGCGGCAAGUGCUGUCUUCGCCGUCGUUGGAUCUGGACGUCCAAACGUACACAAUCCUGAUCAAAACACUCGGCGCGUGCGGCGAGCACGACAUGGUGCGCCAAGUUGUCGAGAAGAUUGAAACAACUGAACGAGCCGACUUUUGGGACACGAUGGCAGACAUGAACCUGUACAACGCCGUGAUUCGAGCCCACAUGCUGGCAGACAACAUGACCGAAUGCUGGCGGUUGCUCCGACACACCCUGACGCUACCCCACCUCACCCCGGACGCGUUUUGCUUUACAACGUGCAUGCUCGGAUAUCUCCGCCAUGAUAAUGAUGCAAGUGGUCCCCGUCAAGUCACCUCGCUGUAUCAAGACAUGACGCGCCGCGGCAUCGCACCGUCGAUUCUGACGUUGGCAUGCGUCUUGCGCGCGAUCCACCGUCUCCCGCGAAAGCGCUUCCUGUUGGCGCCUAUCUUGGCCAAGUGCCACGACGUGCCAUUGGGAAAGCCAGACUUUGUCCAUACCUUGAUCGACGCACUCGAUGAGAUGGGCGAGACCUCGACGGGCGAAGCAGUCUUUCAAAGAGCCAUGGAUCAGCACAUGCUCGGCGAGUGGCGUAAAGGCCUCUUCACCCUCAACCUGCACACGUUUUCGAAGGGGUCUGCCAAGACAGCAGUGCAGUUUGCGCUGGCAGCUAUCGCGACGCAGCCCAAGAGUUCCCACGUCGACCUGCAAGAGCUCAAAAUCAUCACGGGCAAAGGGCGUGGCAGCAAAGAGUACAUGAAACCUGUCCUGAAGCCGGAAAUCCAAGCGCUCCUAUCCAGACACUUUUCCCUGCGCUCGCAUUCCCCUGCUCAGAACCCAGGGUGCCUCAUUAUCGAAAAGGAGCACGUCGAGCGAUGGCUGGCCAAACAAGCCAAACGCGCCGACGCAAUGGUGUAG